AUGGCAGACGUAGAAACUGUUGUUGGUGAAGACGUUACAUGUGCAUCCUUAUUGGAGAGCUUGCAGGAAGAUCCACCCCCUUCGCCUCAAGGCAAGGGCGUUUCUAACGCCCCGUGUGAAGGCAAGAAGAACUAUUCGCUGGAGGAGACGAAGUUAUUGGCAUGCAUCUACGCCAACAUCUCUGAGGAGCCGUUGGUUGGGAGCAUGCCAAGGAGAGGGGUUUCUUGGGGAAAGAUGGCGGAAAAUUACAACGCUGUGAAGCCAGAAUGGGCACUAGAGCCAGAUUCAGUGAGGCCGGGUGCAGAAAGACCUCUCUACAUUCACGGACCACGUCACCAAUCUGCACAAGGCACAAGCUGGGAUGAUAGUGUACCCCUCCACCAAGCCCACCGCCGCCGCGCCGCCCCUCCCCACCCCGCCUUCCAAAUUCCGGCACCCCUACCGCCCUACCCCCUCAUCCCGCCCCCAAAACAAAAAAAAAACCCCAAAUUCACCUGCCGCCGCUGCUGCUGCCACCUCUGCUUCUGGUCAACCCUCCUCCUGACCCUGACCCUCCUCGCCGCCGCCAUCGCCGCCGCCGCCUUCUACGCCCUCUACCACCCCCACCGCCCCCAAUUCUCCCUCACCUCCCUCAAAAUCUCCGCCUUCAACCUCUCCACCACCCCCGCCGACGACUCCACCCGCCUCACCGCCAAAAUCAACCUCACCCUCUCCGCCAAAAACCCCAACAAGAAAUUCCUCUUCUCCUACGCCCCUCUCUCCAUCUCCGUCCAAUCCAACUCCAUCACCCUCGCCAACAACACCUACCCCGCCUUCAACUCCUCCGCCUCCGCCAUCUCCCUCAUCCACACCGCCACCCCUCCCCGCACCCAGCUCCUCGACGCCGAUUCCUUAAAUUCCAUCAACUCGGAUCUCAAACGGGGCGGCCUCCCCAUCCGGAUUCUGCUCGAUACAACCGUAAGCGUCAAAAUGGAUAAGAUCAAGACGAAGAGGUUCGGGAUUAGAGUGACGUGUGGCGGGAUUGACGGAAUCGUGCCCAAGGGUAAAACCGUCAUUCCGGCCAAGACCACCGACGCUGAAUGCGAGGUUGAUCUCCGAAUCAAGAUCUUGAAAUGGACAUUUUGAUUUUUUUUUAUUUAUUCUUUUAACUAAUCGCAUUUUAUUUAUUUUUAAAUGUGGAUCGGUGCCUCUUUUUUAUUUUUUAAUACUUUUGAUUUAUAUUUUAUGGUACUUAUUUUUUUGGGAAUACAAUGCGGAUUUUGGGGGUUUACUUUUGUUAUUAGUGGGGAGUAAAGGGAUCUAUCGGUAUGUAAUUCUUUUUAAUGCAUUUUAUUUUACUACUAAUAGAUGAGAGUGGAUUUAUACGCUUCCAAUAA